AUGAUCCCUCAAAUCACCACAUCCAUUCCAUCAGUUUUCCAUACCCAUCUCUGGCUUCGCACGCCCACACAUACUAACUUCCUCCUCACUACAUUCAUCGACCACACCAUGAUUAAAAGAGAAGGCACCACCAGCAACCCGCCGUCAUCCAUUCUAUUCAUCGGCCUGAUUCCAUUCGAAUGGGACGAAAGUAAUCUCAAAGCCGUGGUGUGCGCAACAGGAAACGUUCUUGACAUCCGAUUGGGCUUUGACCAUGUUGGAAAGAACAAAGGUUUCGCUUUUGUAGAGUACGAAUCGCCCCAACAGGCCCAGAGGGCCAUGGAACUUCUAAGCCAGAUUAACAUUACCCAGCCAGGCACUCGGAUCACCAAAAAGUUCCGCAUUGAGCUCUCCAAAGAAGGCUUUAGAACUGGAAAUAGCGACUCCAAGUCGGUAAUACCCUUCAAUGCGGCCCGACUUCCUCCAGGCGUCCAGUUCCCACCUGAAGUGAUACGGAAUUAUCCACAGUUGCAACAGGGACCAGGCGGACAGACGCCACAGCCACCAACCUCUGCCAAUGGAACAUACAACAGUCCUCAGCCAACCUCGGCACCCAAUGGACAACCAACCAUCCCUGACGAGUACAUGCAAGCUGGUAGCGUGUUGCCCCGUGUUGGUGAGCUCCCGUUUGCCAAGCCAGACAAGAUCAACGAAAAUUUGGCUGCUAUUCCUCCACCAGAACUCAUUCAACUUAUAGCCAAUGUCAAAUUGAUGUUGAGUACAUCGAAUGCAUCACGAGCCGCCGAAGUGUUUCAAAUCUCGCCAGGAUUAGCCACUGCCACUGCACAGGCUCUUUUGCUCAUGGGCUUUGUCAAUGAAGAAGUCAUUCUGGAGGCCAUGAAGGCAGACACAGGUACCCCACAACCACAGAUGGGUACGCAGCAGCCUCUACAGCAGCAGUAUAACCAAGGAUUUGGACAGCAAGGUCAAAACUUCCAGCAGGGUCAGAGUUAUCAGAGCAUUCAGGGCCAGAACUUCCAGAACUAUAAUCAGGGCUACCAGCAGCCACAGCAGCAGCAGCAGCAGCAACAGCAACAACAACAGUAUGGACAACAUCAGCAACAAUACGGGCAGCAACAGCAACAAUAUGGCCAGGGAUAUGGAGAUCAGUAUGGUAGAGGAAGAGGAUUUCAACAAAGCCCUCCAGCUCAAGCUCCGCCUCUGCAGAGUAAGUGGCCUCAUCUCUCGUUAUCAACUCAGAUGAAGUUGUCCAAUGUUGCACCUGACCAGGCGGAGUUGAUUGUGCAAGUUUUAUCGUUGACACCAGAUCAGAUUAAUGCGUUACCGCCAGAUAGACAGCAGAUGGUUGCAGGAAUCCGUCAGCAGUACUUGUGA